AUGCACGAGAUUCCGUUUUUCCAGCAGCUUCGUCGAACGGUCGAAGCCAAAGGCGACCAAGUCUUUGCCACUUGGUACGACAAGCAUGGAAAAGUCAGCGAGGAGUGGACAUUUGCUCAAAUCUGGGAGGACGCAGGAACGAUUGCAUACUACUUGCGGGAGGAAUGGGGUUGCCAAAAGGGCGAUAGAGUCGUGUUGUGCUACUUGUUUGGGUUGAACUUUUUCGCUGCCUACUUGGGAUGUCUUCGCGCUGGUUGUCUCGCGGUCCUUGUCUAUCCCCCGGGGCCACCCUUGACAAAGUCCCUCUCCAAGCUGCAAACUGUGAUUCAAGAUUGUAAACCCGUCCUGAUCCUUACCGACACUGUUGUAAACCUGGUCCGCAGUGGAGACUCUGCCAAUCCUUUCUCCAACAGUCGCGAUCUUUGGCCCAAUGACGUGCCAUUCCGUGUCACGGAUACCCUCUUGGAGAGCAAGGGCAAGAAUGAAGCAUACCUGGUCAAGAUCGUCUCGGCAUUGCUGCGUCAAAAGAAACCAAAAGACAAGAACCUCAGUUUCCACGAUGAGACAAUCCAAGAAGAAGAAGUGGCCUUUCUGCAGUAUACGUCAGGAAGUACUGGCGAUCCAAAGGGAGUGGCCAUCUCCUUUGCUUCUUUGAUGGCCAACGUGAAUCUAGUUGGCGAAGACGUCCACGGGAAGCUGGAGAGAAGUGGUGGUGUGCCCUCGGAAAUUGUCCAGUUUUCGUGGUUGCCUCAGUAUCAUGACGCUGGACUCGUGUGCGCGUACGUCUUGCCCUUUGCUUAUGGAUGGAGACAACAUUUCACCAGUCCACUUUCCUUUCUCGAGAAUCCAUUGCUUUGGAUGGAACUCUUGUCGCGAACCCGGUCGAACUUUGGCAUGGCGCCGGACUUUGCGUUUCGUCUCGUGGCACGGAAAUAUCACGAGGCCAAAAAGAGACCUGGUGGCGUUUGUCCCAUUCCAGACUUGGAUUUGUCCGCCAUCAGAGGCAUUACCAAUGCGGCCGAGCCCAUCAGAGCUGAUACAAGGGCGCUGUUCUUGGAAGCAUUUGCAGAGCAUGGACUCCCAGACAGCUACUUUUUGGGCGGCUAUGGGCUGGCAGAAACAGUGGUGGGGGUUUGCUUUACGCACCGAUAUUGUCUGUCGACUCCACGACAUGAAGGCGACAAUCCAAUAGUGGCCAGUGGGCAUAGACAAGAGUUCCACCAUUCGGUGCAACUCAAGGUCGUAGACCCCGACUCUCACCAAGAGUGCCCUAAUGGAGAAACGGGGGAGUUGUGGAUCUCCGGGCCUUCUACUCGUAACUCUUACUACAACAAAGAAGAUCUAACAAGAGAGACAUAUCAUGCAAAGAUCCAAGUCGACGACAACGACGACGACGACGACGACAACAACAACACGGAGCAAGAGUAUCUUCGGACGGGCGACUUUGCCUUCUUUCAGGACGACUUCCUCUACAUCAGUGGGCGCAGGAAAGACUUGAUAAUCUGCAAUGGCGUCAAUUAUUAUCCGCAGGACAUUGAGUAUGUGGUCCAGGACGCCUCUUCUCUGAUCAGACCGGGCUGCACCGCUGCAUUCUCAUCUAAUGAAACAGACGGAGACGGAACAUUGGAAGUUGUGUUUGAGCUCAGAAAGGAGGGUGAGGAUCAAGCGGCUGACAUUUGUUAUGACGUGCAAAUCUCCAUCAUGAAAGCUAUUGGGAUUGCACCCACCCGAGUCGUCGCCAUUGUUUCCAGGUCGAUCGCAAAAACGACAAGUGGGAAGAUCAGGCGUCGAGCCACCCGCGAGAAGCUCCACGGAGGUGAGCUAAAGGUCCUCUAUGACUACCAAACCGCAAGUCCUGACGCAGCAACUGAAGAUGAGCGUUCGAGUACAACUUUCGCGGGUUCAGACGAAGAAGCACCGAAUCACCACAGCCCAGCCAUCCUGGACACGAUGCCAGCGGAUGAGAAGUUCGACAUGAUUGUGUCCUCUGUCUUGGGCAAGAACUAUGAUCCAACGACAUCGUGGGAGCUUCUCGGACUGACUAGUAUGACGCAAGUGCUGCUUUUGAACAAGAUCGGUGAAAAUUUCCCCGUGUCUUUAUCAGCUCAGGAUUUGCAACAACGCUUCAGCACACCCGAGGCCCUAAAGACCUACCUCCUCAGUCCGAACAUUGGGAACUUCUUUCCAGUUAAGGUGGAGGACCUAAAACUUGCUGGGCAACGUUUGCCUCGGAUGAUCUGCGCAUUCCUUCAAACCUUUGGUAUCCUUCUCUUCCUCCUGCUCCUUUCUUUCGUCACUGCCCCGGCGUACUAUUUUGUGACUUUCUGCCAACUACGACCUGACGAUACUUCUACCUCUUACCCUUCCCGUCUGGCACAUCAGCUUCUCUCUGUCGGUUGUGCUAUCAAAGUGGCUGUCCUGGGAGCCGACUUGCCAGCUUCGGUACAAGUCGAUGGGUUUCUCAGAGAACCAGACUUGAUCACAUGUGGAGAACGAGUUUCCGUCGACUUUGACAUUCACUGCCGCAAGUUUUCGAACAUCAAGUCCAAAGGCGGCUCAUCAGACACCGCGAAACUCCGCUUCAGGCAAACUUCUUUAGGAGACAACUGUACCAUCCAAGGCCACGUGGGACUGGGGGCAAAGAUUGGGAAAGACAGUCUUAUCAAGAAACUCUCAGCAGUCCCUGAAGGGGCUCAGGUCCCUCCAAGAACUGUAGCAAGAGGCAGUCCGGCCUUCCAAACCAUCGAAGCGCCCAGUGAGACAACACAACCCAAGUGGUUCGAUACAUUGGAAGGAGCAAAGGUAGCAUGGAUCUGGAUUGAGCUGUACCUUUCAGCGGCUUUUGUAUGGAUCUCUGGGCUUGUCGUUGACAGGAUCCCACAUCUUCAAGGAUGGCACUACGAAUCCCUGCUUCGAAUUGUUGUGCUAGUGGUCCUUUCCACGAUCCUGGGACUUGUCUUCACCAUCCCACUCAAAUGGAUACUGAUUGGCCGUCGACGAGCCGGACGAAAGGAGUCAGGCUGGGAGAAACUCCUUCAGUGGAUGGUUGACUACCACUUUGAAAUCUACAGGACCCUGUUCGACUUGGUGGCAGAGAACACACUCAUGGUAAACGUCUACCUGAUGGCGCUUGGCAUGUCCAUUGAUCUCGAUUCGAAAGUCUGGCUGUUCGUUCUCCCUCCCUCCAAGGUUGAUUUGGUGAACAUCAAGUGUUCUUUUGUUUCAGCUGCCGACUUUGACGUGACAGCAUCCGGAAAGCCCGAGAUGAUCGUGGUGUACAAUAGCAGCAUUGGUCACACCGUUGUACUGGAGGGCGGUACAACCAUUCGAAACACAGAAGUCAUUCCAUUCUCUACGAUCUCCACCGACCUUAUUGGUGAUGCCGAAAAGUGGAGCAGCAAUCAACAACGUCUUCCGCACCUUUGUGAGAGACUCUUGGUUGAUCUUGCUGCCAUUCCAGUACUUUUGGGAACUGUAGCAAGCUUCCUCCCAACAUAUGAAUUUUACCAACGGGCGGUGUUCCUGAACAAUCUAAUUGCUGGAUGGCAAUUCCCCGUCCUCAAGCUCGCCUUGGCUUUGGUUGUGCACUGUGCGACAUGGUAUCUAGGUGGCUUCCUCCUUCAUCAUGUCAUGUAUUGCUGCAAUGCAAGAUCGGCGAGGAAGCCAUGGAGUAGGACCUUGUAUGCAAUUUACUUGGACGUGACGACCAACUUUUGGGACCUUUCACUGUUGUCAUUGACGUGGGGAACUCCCAUCAUCAACCUUGCAUUGACAGGGUAUGGUUGCAAAAUCCAAGGACCGCUGUUGUACCUUGGGCGUCGGCUCUAUGACGCCCCUCUGAUAUCGAUCCAGGGUCCCUCCAUCAUUGAUGGCAGCUGGGUCAAUGGCCACUCUGUGGUCUAUGGAAGGACUCAGUUUGGCGAAACCAAGGUGUCGGGAGUUCUGCAUGAGUUUACCGUCUGUCUUGCCAACACCAACAUGACAGAACCAAAUAGGGAAGUGGGUCCGAUGCACUUUGUCAACCCGUCUCUUUCAUAG